UCUAUUUCACAUUGUUAUUGUCUGAUCCACCAGCUUGUGGAUUGAACAAUAACAAUGUGAAACAGAAAAUGGUUAUUAUAAAUACUCCCGAGUGAGAUGAACAAUAAAAAUGGCUGCGCCCAUCGAGUCGCACCUUGUUCUAAUAGUACAACAUGUACAUUGGCAUUCUACCCCCCUCCAGUUCAUUGUUCAGUAUACGUAAAUGUAAUGGGACAGAUGUGUCCGAUGUGGAUAAAAAAACGCUCGAGAUGUAAAAAAUGCAUCCGAUGUGGAUUCUCAAACGCAGCAUAUGUUACUUUAAAAUAUUAUCUAUUACGAUUUUAUUACCUUUUGGUUCAAAAUUCUAUUACGAAAAAAUUAAUUGGUGUGGCAACACUGCUAAUGACAGUCCCCAUCACAACAGGAUAAACCCACUUGUUGAACAUUUGUUUUUAAAUAUAAAUUUCUUAAAUAGUCUAUUUAAAGAGUUUUUUCACUAAUGGAGAUCAACUAAAUAUAUGUUUUGUUUAAAAAAGUAAAACUAGAUAAUGAACAGUGAUGAAAAUGAAACCAGAAUAUGCAGAAAUGGUCGCUGCCAUAGGAUUUGGUGUCUUAUCUGCAAUUUUCGUCAGUGCUUUUGUUAUUCUGAUUGUUAUUUGUAGAAGACAAAGGUUAUUUUAUAAAUCAGCUUUAUUAGACGAGAGUAGUAGACCAGAAAAACAACUUAUUGGAUCAGAUGCAUCCGAAUGGGAAUUAGGUGAAGUAAGUACAAAUUUUGAAGAUAUUUUGACAGACGAACAGUGGAUAGAUGAUGCGACUGGACUUAUUCCUCAUUGCCUGGCUAUUUUAAAAACAUGCAGAUACCUCACGGAACGACUUACAACUUUGGCUAUGAGCUCUACCCCAUUGUCUGGAGAUUUCAAACAAAUUGUAGAGUGUGCAAAAAGAAUAUCAAGCAGAGUAGAUGAUAUGGUAAGAAGUAUGUAUCCACCUCUUGAUCCUAGACUUUUGGAAGCCAGGGCUGCAGCUCUAACUUUGGCCGUUACUCAUCUUGCGCUUCUUGUAAAAUACGAAUGUGGUCAUAAAGAAAGAGGGCUGUUAUGGAUAGAAAAGUCUUUAGAAGAGAUGGAUAAACAUAUGGGUUUUUUGAUGGAUGCAUCACUACAUCAAGAGACAGUCAACAAAAUCUCAAAUGCAUUAAAUCUCAGUACCCCUUUGUAAGUGUUAAUUCUUCCCUGUCCAUUUUAAGAAAAAAUAUUUCAACACUAUGUUAACUUUGACAAUAUUCAUAUAAAGCAACAAUUGUUAUUUAAUGGUCUUAUUCUCUGAUAUUUUAAAUAAAAAUACUUAUAAUUUUAAUAUAUUUUAUUUCCUUUUUUUUUACAUACUUUUUUAUCACAUUGAUGUUUCGAGGCGACCCUAUUGAUCAUGAAGUUAAUGUUAACAAGACAAGAGUGUAGGUCUGAAGAUGUCAAAUGUUUAGAAAAAGUGACGUUAUUUUCUAGUGUAUAAAAAAAGCAUAUUUCUAAUAAAAUAAAAAUACUAAAGUUGUCAAGUUACAUUCAAAAAAUAUAUAUUUGUCUUAAUUUAUUGCGUUUGUAUAUAAGAGUGUGAUAGAAAAACGGUUUAUCCCAUGUCCAGAAAUUAGCCUAAAAAUAAUAACUGGUACCAAAGCAAAAGAAAAUAGUGAAUAAUCAAACAACACUAGACAAUCUAUUUACAGUACAAUGAAACAUGAAAAAGAAAACGUUUUAAAAUAUUUAAAGACAAAAAUCUGCUUUAUUGUAUAAAGCUGUUUCACCAUACUGUACUGUAGCAUCUAUUCCAUUUUUAAAGUUGAACAUGGUUGCUAUCCAAUAUAAUAAUAGAAUUAAACUUUCUUCAAUGACUUCUGACCUUUUGCCAAAAGUACUGCUUCAAGUUCUAAGGAGAUAAAAUAUUAUUUUCUAGUUUUCACAGUAUUGGCUGCUUCCUUUAAAAUUUUUGCUUUCAGGUGAUCUUUGUAGGAAAGAAUACCUCCCUGCCAUUUUGUAACCGUUUCCUUUUCACACACCCAAAUUUCUUCUGCAACCU